CGGGACUGCAGGAAUAAAAAAGAAAAACACAGGAGAUUAACCUUUUUGAUACUCCUGGAUACUUUAUUUAGGUUUUCUAGAACAAUGAAGUGAGAAACACCACCACCACCAUAAAGUGAAACAUUAUUUAAAGAGACGUGUAAUAAAGCAGUUAAUGGUGUCUGCUCCUCCCAACCACUGUAGUCACGUGACCGUCACUCAUCGCUGUUUGUGGAAGUUAGAGUUAGAAAGUUAGAAACCUGCUUCAGCUUCAGCUUCCAUUAACUCUACACUCUUGUGUUUUAGUUUGAACAGCAGACAUGUAUUUCGUGAUCCCUGUAUGCGUGAUGACUGUGUUUUGGGGCCUUGUUGGAGGAGUGGUGCCGUGGUUUAUACCUAAAGGACCAAAUCGGGGUGUUAUUGUGAUCAUGCUGGUCCUAACAGCAGUUUGCUGCUACCUCUUCUGGCUGAUUGCCUUUCUGGCGCAGCUGAACCCACUGCUUGGGCCGACACUCAGCAACCAUACCAUAUGGUACCUUUAUCAUCACUGGCAGUAAUUUUUAAUCAUAGUCUCUUUGUCUAUCAGAUGCAUGUAUAUGGCCAAACAUCCACUUCACUUUCUCAUAAAGGGAAGAAUGAAUCCAUAGGCUGUCUGUGUGUGUUGUAAGAUGUGGUGUAUUUUUUUUUUCUUGUUUGUCUUUUAAAGGAAAUAAUGAACAUACUGAAGAUGUGUAUUUUUUGUAAUUUUGUCCAUUACCAAAAACAUGUCAGUGUAUUUGGAGUAUUUUUAAACUCUGCCUUUGUUAAUGCAUUUCCUUGUCUUUUUGUAUUUAUGUAACUAAACUCUGAAUAAAUAUUUCCAGAUGUCAUUUA